UAUUAUCAUGUACUGUCACGUUUUACUUUGUUAAAGAGAAAAGGGUCUCAGUUAUUGGAACUGAGUGUCGUUUCUAUGUAUUUUGGAAACCAAGCUAUGGAAAUACAAGAAGGGUUGUAUAAAAUGACGAAGGAACCAGAUAUUGGCCAAAUUGUUUAACAAUACUGCAAUAAUUAACCUCGUUGGACAGGAAAGGAAGGGAAAGAUGUUGCGAUCUUAUAUCACUGCAGUAGUGCUGGUAGCUUGUCUCUUCAAUUGUGGGGAUGCAGUAAUCACUGGCUGGACUUCUCCAUCUGUCAUAGCUACUACUUCUGGUACUGCGGGCGGAAUCUCCAUAGCUGAGAAUACAGCUCUCGACACAACAAUAUCAACAUUUACGGCUACAAGUCAUGGUGCAGUUACUAGUUACACAUUGUUAACACCGGGCACGCCUUUUUCUCUGGUUACAGUUACUGGAGUGUUGAAGUUAUCCACAGCCCUAGAUUAUGAAACUACAAUCAGUUAUACUAUUGAGGUGGAAGCGACAGACGAUGCUAGUGCUGUCGGCACUGCAACGGUGGUAAUCACAAUAACUGAUGUUAAUGAAGCACCAGCGUUUAGCCAAAUAUCUUAUAACGUUUGCGCAACAGAUGGUUCAGCUGCAGAUACAAGUGUCACAACUUUCUCUGCCUCUGAUGAAGACGCAAAUGAUGUCAUUACCUACGUGUUCGCUUCUGGAAACGUAAACACCGACUUCAAAAUUGCGACAGCAGAGCUUAAGGUCAAUACUGCAAAAACCCUUGACAGAGCUAUUACAGCCACCUAUACACUUGUUGUACAUGCUACUGAUGAUGGCAGUCCAGGACUAACUGGAACAGCUACAUACACAGUCAACGUCCAGACGUCUUGCAGUGGAACAGCGGCUUUGACCAUGACAUUUAUUACACUUUUCCUGGCAUCACUUAUAUCGUCUUUAAACUAAUUCUCUAAAGCUUUAUUGAAUGAACCAACCACCGACGGCUAAAUAACAGGCACAUUAUGCCUCAGACUUUUUUCCUAAAAAACAUUCAUUUUAGUUAUCUUGAUUCAGUUUCGAAAUAAAAGGGCCGUAUACAUAAACUAUA